UUUUUUUUAUUAUUAUUAUAAAAAUUUACAAAACGCGCUCUUUGUUUUCAUAUUAAAAAAAUAAAAAACGUUUUAACUUUGUUGGGGAUGAACUCAAAUAUACCACCAUUAACUGCACCAAAUAAAACCUUAACAGCACCGAGAAGACCCUCGAAUUACAAUACACCUCGGUCACCUUCUGUUGAAUUAUCAGACUCAUUUUCUGCUUUCACUGCGACUACGCCCGUACUGACAUCUCCCACCAAAUUCACGAGUCAUUACAAACAACCUACAGAACAACACAACCACUUCUUUUCCCCAUCCCAAUUGGCUUCCAUAAAGCCCAUUUGCUCAUCCUCCAAAGUCUCGGACUGGGACUUUCUGGCUACCGAAAAAUAUCCUGCUUCACACAACCCUCAAGACGCCUAUGACUUGGAAAUGACCUCAAUUGGACUCUCGAUUGAACUUGCUGCAAAUAACACAAGAACACGUAAUUUCAAUAAAUUACUAGCUCAUCUUGUGGACCUACUAAGGCAAUUACAAACAACGUAUCACGAAUCCAUCCCGAUAGAAACCUAUAAUACCUUAUUUCUGGUGCGUGUAUUUACCAAACAAUUCGCGGGUAACUUGACAAAUAAGGAAAUCAUUGCACAGUUUGAAGAGGAUGCCACUCAUACACGAGGUGAAGAUUUAAUUGAAGCAUUGUUGUAUGUUCUGAUUAACAUGGAUCCCAACUCCAAUUAUCCAAACUAUGAAUUCUACACUGAAGUCCUCAACACAUUCCUCGUGCUUUGUUCUACCCAAUUACAACAUGCCAGACUCACUGACGACAAUUAUUUUUUGGGCAUUCUGACCACCAAAUUCGGUAAUCGGGCAGAAGCUGUGGUGGCGCGGUUAUUAGAAAACUUGAUAGAACAAAGAACUCCUCCUCCUCAAUCUUCUUCUGGCGUGAUGUUGACGGCAUACAAUUAUUUUUUCUCGUCCCGCACCAAUUCAAGUCCAGAUGCGGAUACAAUGCCAGUGGCCGAUCGUAGUCUAUUGUUACUGCUGUUGCUAGGUACACAGUCUAUUUCACCCCAUGACACGGAGUGGGUCAAAUCUUACAGAUUUGCCAUUGCUAAUCUUAGUGAUCACCAUGUGUUAUCCAGUGAUGUGGAUGGAUGUGAUCGAAAGAUGCACUUGAUCUCUUUCAAAGAUCUGUUUGAGAUAUUCAGUAAAUCGUUACAUGUGGAAGAACGUAUGUUACUUUUUUACUUGAUCCUAGUUGAAAACGAGUCAUUUCGAGUCUAUGUCUUAUCCCGAACGGACCAAGAAACCAUUUAUCUGCCCAUAUUGAAGCUGAUCUAUGAAUCGAUGGAAGGAAAGACAAAUUACUCACAAGUGUAUAUCCUCAUGAUUGUAUUACUGAUACUCAGUCAAGAUGAUGUCAACAACGAAGCGAUUGGGAAAAUUAUUGUGCACAAUAUCACUUGGUUUACCGAACGCCCUCUGCUGAAAUCCAUUUCACUGGGCGGACUUAUGACACUUGUCCUGAUCCGAACAUUACAACUCAACUUGUCACACCAAAAAGACAUUUACUUACACACAAACUGUCUGGCCAUCCUGGCUAAUAUGUCCACCACCAUGACAGAUAUGCAUGCCUAUGUUGCUCAGCGUAUUGUCAGCUUAUUUGAACUUUUGGCAAGACGCUAUACCAAACUGGUAGAAAAGGAUUCACCCGCUGAUGCCAUCGUAUACGAAGAGCUCUUGGCCUUGCUAUUAGAGAUGAUGAAUGCGACACUGACCCAUCGAUUAAAACACAACUCACAGCUAGUGUAUGCACUUUUGCAAAAACGAGAGAUCUUUACACCGUUUCAGUUACACGAACGCUUCGCAGAUCUUGUUCAGAAUGUAGAGCAAGUGAUUCGCUUCUUUCAUGCUAGAGUGUCUGAAGCUAACUUGAAAGCACCGUCUUCCAACGAAGUCCUACGUUUGAUCGAACAAGCUUCACGUACAUGGUCCAAUAGUAAACUUGUGUCAUUACCGGAUCUCAAGUUUCAAUAUGAGGAAGAACAAGAUUCGUUUGAAUUUUUUAUACCGUAUAUUUGGGCACUUGUGCAACGCCGUACAUUUAUUUAUUGGAGCGAAGAAAAGAGCCAUGUGCUUGAUAAUUAUCACAUGAUGAAUACAAUGGAAUAAUAAAAAUUGGCUGUUGCUAGUUCUAAACGUGAUGACGAAUACAUCCGUUGAGCUGAAAGCAUACUUUUUGAGAAGGUCAGCAUUCCUGUGUUUCUUGCGGGGGGAAGAGAAGAGCGAAUAAACAGUUUCUUUUUACAGAUUAGAUUGAUAAACCUCCAGGCCUUUUUUUUAAAAAUGUAUCGUGUAAAGUUCAUCCUGUGUUGGAUUGGCCUAAUCUACUGAUGGACUAACCUAGACUAUGUUCGUUCAUAUUAUGGAAAAAGGGAAAUAGUCUUACUUGCUAAUAAGCAAGAACUGAUGUAUGCCAGUAAGAGAUAAUUAACUAGGAGAUAUUUUUUUUUUGUAGAUGUUGAUGAUCUAAAUUUAAAAAAACACCCCUCCCCCCUUCCCUGGAGUACAGAUAUGUAAUGUUGCACUUACCGAUUGUCUAUCAGUGAUUUGGUAAUAUGUAC